GAUUCAUAUUCGUUCUCCGUCUAUGGCGGCUAUAUCAAGCAGCAGCAGCACCACCGUAACACUCACACCGCCACUGGCACUCCAAGACCGCGUCGCAAUUGUCACCGGCGCAUCCCGCGGAAUCGGCCGCGCCAUCGCCCUUCAUUUGGCUUCCCUCGGCGCGAAAGUUGUCAUCAACUAUGCCUCAAACUCGGCUCAAGCCGAUGCAGUGGCCGCCCAAAUUAAUAGCGGAUCCUCUGUCCGUGCCGUCACCUUGCAAGCCGACAUAUCAGAUCCAGAGCAGGUAAAGCACAUAUUCGAUGCUGCGGAAUCGGCCUUCAACUCGCCGAUUCACAUCCUAGUCAACUCAGCCGGGGUAUUAGAUUCCAAGUAUCCAUCACUCGCUACUACCACCAUCGAAGAUUUCGACCUAACCUUCAGUGUUAACGCGAGAGGCGCGUUUCUCUGCUGCAAAGAAGCAGCCAAGAGGAUUAAGCAAGGUGGAGGGGGGAGAAUCAUAUGCUUGACGACGUCACUGGUGGCGUCAUUGAAGCCGGGAUACAUGGCGUACACAGCGUCGAAGGCGGCAGUGGAGGCGAUGGUGAAGAUAUUAGCCAAAGAGCUCAAGGGGACGGGGAUAACUGCCAACGCGGUUGCUCCGGGGCCGGUGGCGACGGAGAUGUUCUACGCCGGGAAGACAGAUGAGGCGGUGAAAAAGGCGGUGGAUGAGUGCCCGCUGGGGCGGCUGGGGGAGACGGGUGACGUGGCUCCAGUGGUGGGUUUUUUGGCGACCGAUGCGGGUCAGUGGGUCAAUGGCCAGAUUAUUCGGGUCAAUGGGGGUUACGUGUAACGACUUUGGAUUCGAAUAAUAAAUAAAUUGUUUUCUUUUUUUUUUUUUUUAACAAAAUCCAUUCGAAGAAAGCAUAAAUAAAUUGUGUAUUUAAUUUGUGGGGAUGCCAAAAAAUAAAUGAAAGUAACUUGGUGGGCUUUUGUUGCUA